AUGACAGUAAUGUCAACAUCAGAGAACACAACAACUGCUAUCGUUCAUGAAGACAUAAAUGAAGAAUACGAGUACAUACAAUAUAACAAACAACUUCGCCUCAUUCGUUCGGUCAAAGAUGACAUGUACCAAAUGCAAAGUAUAAUGAAUGCUCUUCGUUCUACAAAGCAAGCAUAUCAUUGGUUUGAAAACCAACAGACAAAAGAACUUUUAGAAGAAUUUCCUCAUAUGAUUGCUUCCCUCGGAAAACCGAGAGAAGAGAUUCCGUAUGAAAAUCGCAAGAGGGUAGAAAACAUGUUAGAAAAGGUGUUAGAUCUAACAUUCUAA